AUGUUACGGGAAUCAGACGGUGAGAUGAGCUUAGAGACGACGAACUCGCCGAUUAGCAGUGGAACAGAGAGUUGCAGCAGUUUCAGCCGGUUAUCUUUCGAGGCCCCGCCGUCGUCGACAAUCCCGGAGGAAGAAAGCUUUCUCUCUCUCAAACCACACCGAUCCUCCGAUUUCGCCUACGCAGAGAUCCGACGGCGGCGGAAACACGGCCUCACCUUCCGAGAUUUUCGCCUCAUGCGUCGAAUCGGCGCCGGAGACAUCGGAACCGUCUACUUAUGCCGCCUCGCCGGAGACGAAGAAGAGAGCCGGAGCUCGUAUUUCGCGAUGAAAGUGGUGGACAAAGAAGCGCUUGCGAUGAAGAAGAAGAUGCACAGAGCUGAGAUGGAGAAAACGGUUUUGAAGAUGCUCGACCAUCCGUUUUUGCCGACUCUUUACGCCGAGUUUGAAGCCUCGCAUUUCUCUUGCAUCGUCAUGGAAUAUUGCUCCGGCGGAGAUUUGCACUCUCUCCGCCACAGACAGCCUCACCGCCGAUUCUCCCUUUCCUCCGGCAGAUUUUACGCAGCAGAGGUUCUAGUGGCGUUAGAAUAUCUACACAUGCUUGGGAUAAUCUACAGAGAUCUGAAGCCUGAAAAUAUCUUAGUUAGAUCGGACGGUCACAUUAUGCUCUCUGACUUCGACCUCUCCUUAUGCUCCGACUCAAUCGCCGCCGUGGAAUCAUCGUCUUCGUCGCCGGAAAACCAACCCCGAUCCUCCCCGCGCCGGCUCACACGUCUCGCUAGGCUUUUCCACCGCGUAUUGCGGUCGAAAAAGGUCCAGACACUCGAACCGAAUUGGCUAUUUGUCGCUGAACCGGUUACCGCUCGGUCCGGUUCGUUCGUUGGUACGCAUGAGUACGUGGCACCUGAGGUCGCCUCGGGUGGGUCCCAUGGGAAUGCCGUUGACUGGUGGGCCUUCGGAGUUUUUCUGUACGAGAUGAUAUACGGUCGGACUCCUUUCGCGGCGCCGACCAACGACGUCAUCCUCCGUAACAUUGUGAAAAGACCGUUGAGUUUUCCGACCGAUUCUCCCGCGACGAUGUUCGAGCUUCACGCCCGGAGUCUUAUUUCCGGUUUGCUCAACAAAGAUCCGACCAAACGACUCGGGUCACGGCGAGGCGCGGCCGAGGUCAAAGUCCACCCGUUUUUCAAAGGUCUAAACUUCGCGCUCAUCCGUACAUUGACUCCGCCGGAGAUUCCCUCUGAAGUCAAGAAACCGAAGAAAUCUGCGACGUUCGGCGGUAGAAGUAGUAAAACGGCGGCGUUUGAAUUCUUUUGA